AUGGAAGGUCGAGGAACUGAUGCCUCAUUCCAUUUCAGUGGUAUCGAAAAAUAUUUCAACUCUCAAACUCUUACAGGUAGAAUGAAUUGUGUACUGGCCACAUUUCGAGGCAUUGCUUUGAUGGUCUUAUACUUCAAGUUGAAGUAUAAAAAUACACCAGCUAUGAACGGAACAUUAACAGAUUUUAAGCUGUACCUCAUCUGUUAA